AUGAAUAAGGGGACUCGAGCAGGUACUACCUCGGCACCGCGACCUGCUCAUGAUCAUUUACAUCAAAAAUCAAGAAACCUGUCUAAUGUUCAUCCUGCGACUGUUAAUAGUUCAGGAACUUGCUAUAUGCCUCCAUGGAUAACUCCAUAUUUCAUUGGUGUUGGUGGAACUUCUGGUUCAGGCAAAACUAGUAUUGCUGCAAAAAUUGUUUCAUCGAUAAAUACUCCUUGGACUGUACUAAUAUCGUUGGAUAAUUUCUAUAAGCCUUUGAAUCAGGAAGAGCGUGACCAGGCUUUCAAAAAUGACUAUGAUUUUGAUCAGCCAGAAGCCCUUGACUUGGAUUUGGCGUAUGAGUGCUUGCGAGCUUUAAAAGAAGGUAAAAAGGCAGUGAUGCCUGUAUACAGUUUUAUUCAUCAUAAUCGGGUUCCAGACAAGAACAUUACGGUUUAUGGAGCCAGUGUAGUUGUUAUUGAGGGGAUAUAUGCAUUGCAUGACAAACGAAUCACUGAUCUUAUGGAUUUGAAGGUGUAUGUGGAUGCUGAUUUGGAUAUAUGCCUUGCUAGAAGGUUAUCUCGGGACAUUAUUUCAAGAGGAAGAGACUUGAGCAGUUGCCUCCAACAAUGGGAACGGUUUGUCAAACCUAAUGCCGAUAAGUUUGUAAAGCCAACAAUGAAAAAUGCAGAUGCUAUUUUGCCUUCUAUGUCAGACAAUAGUAUUGCUACCAAGAUGUUGAUCAACCAUAUUCAGUCGAAACUGCAGCACAAGUCUCAAAAUCAUAUUAAUGAACUUAUCAGGUUGGGGCAUGAAAGUGUACCAUUGCAUGCAUUGCACAACAUUCACCAACUGCCUCCAACUAACCAGGUGCGCUCGUUACAAACUAUGAUAUUGAACAAUAACUUGAGUCGUGAUGGUUUUGUGUUCUAUUUCGACAGGAUUGCAACAAUAUUGGUUUCUAAUGCUUUGGAUAAUAUAGCUGCAACUGUGAGUGAAACUGAGGUUAUAACCACCUCGGGUUAUAAAGUAGAUACUCCUCUGGUUGUCAAUUUUGAUAAAGUCACCGCUAUCAAUAUUGUGAGGUCUGGAGACUGCUUUAUGCGUUCAUUGCGUAAGACCAUCCCUAACAUCGCAAUAGGGAAGCUGCUGAUUCAGUCUGACUCCCAAACUGGUGAACCUCAAUUGCAUUGUGAGUUCCUGCCAAGCAACAUUCAUGAGAACUUUGAACAAGUGCUGUUGAUGGACGCACAAAUUAUUUCAGGUGCCGCUAUAAUCAUGGCAAUCCAAGUUCUAGUUGAUCAUGGCGUGGAACUAUCUAAUAUUAAGGUUAUUGCUUAUUUAGCAACGGAAGUUGGUAUUAGAAGGAUCAUCAAUGCAUUUACCGAUAAGGUUUCUAUAUACACCGGAGAAAUUAUUUCUGAAAAAGCCAUGCAGGAAAAUAAAUGCAAUUGGGCUAGGGUUAGGUUUAUAGAUUCCAGGUACUUCGGUUGCGACUAG